AUGCAAUCUCGAUUGGGCUUCCGGAGUGCUCUGAUAGCCUGCGCUCAAAUUGCAACUGCGACUCUGCAGAUCAUACCUGGGGCAACCUGGACAACGUCCAACGGCCUACACAUGCAGGCCCAUGGCGGCGGUCUUAUCAAAGUGGACGAUACCUUUUACUUGGUGGGGGAGGAUCACACGAACGGGGCUGCAUUCCAGAACAUCAACUGUUAUUCAUCAAAAGACAUGGUGCAGUGGGAAUACCUGGGCGCACCACUCUCGCUCACUAAUACCACUAGCGACUUAGGACCUGGUCGUGUUGUUGAACGACCCAAGGUGCUGUGGAAUGAGCGCACGGGGAAAUAUGUAAUGUGGAUGCACAUUGACGCAAGUAGCUAUGGCGAGGCAAAGGUCGGCGUUGCUAUCGGUGAUACAGUUUGCGGUAAGUAUGAAUAUCUCACUAGUUUCCAGCCACUAGGUUUCCAGAGUCGAGACAUGAGUCUGUUUCAAGAUGACGACGGGACAGCGUACCUGUUAUCAGAAGAUCGAGCCAACGGCCUUCGCGUUGACCGACUAUCUGAUGACUACCUAACAGUCGUCAACGAAACGUACCUAUGGCCAGAUCAUAUUGAGGCGCCAUGUAUGGUUAAAAUGAGUGGGCGUUAUUAUAUGUUUGGCAGCCACCUGACCGGGUGGGCGCCAAACGACAACGUCUAUACAACAUCACUGUCAAUUACAGGGCCUUGGAGUCCCUGGACAACCUUCGCCCAGAGCGGGACACUUACCUAUCAGUCUCAAAUCAACUACGUGUUGAAGCUAAGUGAUUAUGAGGCCUUCUAUCUUGGUGAUCGCUGGGCCCCAAGCAAUCUUGGCAGCAGCUCUUACGUCUGGCUUCCACUCAACAUAUCUAAGGUAUCUGUAAACAUGGCAUUUUUUCCCAGCUGGGUCCCCAAUAUAAGCGAUGCAAUAGCACAAAGCUCUUGGACACUGUCUCCGCCAAAUAAUUACUACGAAGGGGAGAUGGGCACAUACGCCAAUGGAGCAAGGACUGUCAGCUGCUCGGGCUGCUCGGGCGCUGAAUCAGCGGGAUGGCUGGGCGGUCCCUCGAACGGCACGGUUACUUUCGAUCAGAUAUGGAGUAGCGGUGAUACCACGAUGACAAUUACCAUCCAAUACAGGAACGGUGACUCGACGCCAAGAUUCGGCGAGGUUGUCGUCAAUGGUGACACGCCUCUCCAGAUCGAGUAUCUGCCUAGUGGUUCUAGCGUCUCUAAUAGCACACUGCACACAUUGCUACAAAAAGGAAACAAUACCCUAACAUUCGGUGGUGCUGGGAAUGCCACUUACGCAGCCGAUGUCGAUCGAUUGAUCGUUCCUGUGUCAUAG